AAUGGCUUUUUCUCUACAAAAGUACACGAUUUCCAGCUUAUUUCUAUGCUUCAAAUAUAGAAAUAGGAUUAUGUUUACUCAUGACUAUUAAUGGCUUGAUGUACUUGAUAAAUAAUAUUGGAAUUACUUUUCUAAAUGUCAGGUUCGAAAGUUAUUAUCAUAGAGAGACCGGAAAAGUCAAACAAUCUUAGUCAUGACGAGAAGAUUAGCAACACAUGUGGUAUGGUAAAAGCAGAAAUCAUACUUUCUAGAUUACGCAAAGCCAAAGAAUUAUCUUCAGAUUCUCAUUUAAUCAUUGUUGAUAUGAGAGAGACGAGACUUUAUCAAUCUGGUCACAUUCUUACAGCUCGUUCAGCAAACUGUUACACAAAAACUAUGGCCAAACGAGCUAUACAGUCAUGGGAUAUUUGGUAUACAGAAACACAUGGAUGUCCUGCACCUUACACAGAAUCCCCAGCGUCAUUUAUUUCACAAUUAUCACUGAUCAAACCUGCCAUUAUAGUUUACGAUCAACGCAGUGAUUUCCUGUCUACUUCAACACUUAAGGAUAAAAAAGUUAGAGCUGAAUUGCAUUUUAUUUCUGCUCUACUAACUAGAGGAAAUCGAGUGUAUAUGAUUGAUGGUGGUUUUGAAGCAUUUCGAAGUGUUCAAGGUUCCAAUGACUUCAUUGAUCGGAAUAUACCACUUGUUAUUAAUUAUAUAAAUACAGAUGAUAGUUCUUGUUCUGAAACUGCAUCACCUUCAUUAAGUGAUAAUUCUGAAAGUUCAUCCAUUGUAUCACGUGUGUUUGAUGAAAAUGCUGUUAUUUCUCUUCAUGAUGAUAAUAAUCAUAAUCAUAAUAAUAAUAAAAAUACUAAUCAUAAUAACAAUAACAAUCCUAUCAAUAUUCACAAUAAAUCACUUCCAGAUGAUAUUUCACACUAUAAAUUAGAGAAUUUCGAAUCAAAUGAUACAGAAAAAUUAAUUUCUUCUUUAAAAAAUAAUUCAGGUGAUGAAACAUUAGUUGUACGAAUUAAACAAACACCAUUACGACUAACGGAAUCACAACAAAAUGAUGAUGUACUAAGUGCAAGUAUUUCACAAAUUCUACCAUUUCUUUAUUUAGGUAAUGCACGUGACUCGCAAGAUGUUGAUCUGAUUAGACGAUUAAAUGUAACUCAUAUCAUUAAUGUGACCGAUACAUUACCUAUGCCAUUUAGAAAAUUAAAUCGGAUACAAUAUUUGCAUAUACCUGCUUCAGAUACAACCAAACAAAAUCUACUUCCAUCUUUCGACCGAGCUGUACAAUUCAUAGAAAAAGCAAGAAAACAUAAUGGCAUUGUUUUAGUUCAUUGUUUAGCUGGUGUUUCACGAUCAGUUGCAGUUGUCAUAGCUUAUCUUCUAUACAAUAAUCGUGCAUUGAAUGUUUACAAAGCAUUGGAAUUUGUACAAGCACGUCGUUCUGUAGCUGGACCAAAUUUACAUUUUAUGGGACAACUUCAAGCUUAUUAUCAAGAUUUACAUAGUCGUAAAUCAGUUAUUUUCUCUGAUAAAUUUAAUAUAAAAUCAAAAGAUAAAUUAACUAAACGUAAUAGUGCAGAAAAUUUAACUGGCAAAUUGAAAAAAAACAAUCUACCUCGAAGUGUAAGUUUAUCAUCCAAUUGGAUUCAAUCACAAUCAUGUUCUGCUUCUUUAAUUUGUAAAGUUUGUAGUUCAAGUAAUACUGCUACACCCACAUAUAUCACUUCACCAUUAUCGAUUUAUGAUUUGGGCAAUAUUAAAAUUAAUAGUAAAAAAUCGAUCAAUUCUACAUGGUGUGUAAGUACAACCUAUGCACAUCGUAGACGUUCUCUUGUUCGUAAUUGUUCACAUGAAUCAAAAAUAACUCCAAUUGUACCGAUUAAAACACAAAAAUAAAUAUUUACUUAUUUUUUUUUUUCUUUUGAAAUUUAUUAUGUUUUCUCUACAUUUUAUUAUUAAUAAUUUUUAUUCUGAUGAAAUCUUAAAAUAUAUAGUUUCUUUCAAUGAAUUUCACCUGUAUUACUUAGAUGAGUGCAGAGAUUAUCUUGUUGAAUUAAAACUACCUACAGUUAUAAUUUGUUUAUAUUGUGAGUGUAUAUUCAAUGAGAUGUAAUAAUUUUUUUAUUUUUUGCUGUCAGCCAUGUUUAGUUUCAUGAUCAUUUUCUUUCCCUUUUUUUGUUUUGUAUCAAACUCUUUAAGCGAAAAUGUGAUUUUGUGAUUUUAAUAGAAAAAAAUAAUUAAUUUCUAAUUAUCAUCCUCUGGAUAUUUAUUGGUUGUUUUCUUUUCUUGAAAAUCUUUUUUUUUCUAAAAAAAAAGUUAUAUUGUACAAAUGUACGUGAUAAGUUCAUUUUGUUUAUUUGUGUUCAAAAUUCAAUAUUACUAUUGUUUGUUCAUUCUUUCUUUUUUUUAGCUUAACAGGUUGUACUUGUUCAGUUUUAUUCAUUUUGUAGAAAUUUUUUCUUUUUCUUUUUUAAAAAAAAACAUUUUUCAAUGUAACAUUUAACAACAAAAGUGAUAAGACUGAUGAAUAGUAUUUUGUUAUUUUCUUUGAGAUAAAAAAAACAAUGUACAUUUUUCAAACUUACAACAAUACAAUACCAUUCCUAUUAUAUAAAAA